AUGUGUUCGGAUCUGACCGCGGAUGCUGAUUUGGAGAAUGCCGCUUUGAUGAGCGUGCGCGUAAAGUGGGAAGACCCAAGCCACAUUUUAGGUAUCAAAUUUUUCGAGCAUUUGCUGGAGCGUACAUUGACUUCGUAUGAUGGCAUUCUUUGCGGAGCAGCCAUAAUUACGAUUUUGUCGUUUGACGAGGGAAACCAGAAGGCAGCCAUCUCCAUUGUGCCCCAAUCCAAAGCGAGCAACCUUAAAUGUGCGCUUUAUUUCCUCACCUCAUACCAAGGCAUCAAGUGUAGGGCUUUUAUUGAUGCUUAA